UGCAUCUCUUGCAUGUUCUCGCAUCUUCGAUUGGGAAGAGGGCCCAAGAGAGCUAGCUGUGAUGCCUAUAUAAACGUGGCAAGAUUAAACAAAUUGGCUUCACUUAUUCGAAUAUUUCACUGAGUGCAUCUUGAGAUUUACAACGUUUCAAAAUGCAUCGAUUUAAAAUUUUGACGUCAGUGAUAACAGUACUACUUGCAAAUUGUGCACUGGCUCAGCGAAAUGUGUACAAUCCAAACAGCCUCAACAAUGUCCCCAUUCUCAAGAACAAUUACGAUCUCAAUCCGGACGGCUCUUAUUUUUACGAAUAUCAAACUGGUAACAAUAUUCAAGCACAAGAACAAGGCUUUUUGAAGAACCCUGGUAAUGCACAAAGUGAAGCACAAGUAAUGCAAGGCUCAUUCUCGUACACUGGUGAUGAUGGCGCACAAUAUUCUAUCACAUAUACAGCGGAUGAAAAUGGCUUCAAUGCACAGGGUGCUCAUCUGCCUACUGCGCCACCAAUACCGGAAGAAAUCCAGAAAGCCUUGGCAUACAACGCUGCGCAUCCAGAGGAAGACGCUGAUGGCGUUGUACGCGGUGGAGGUCGUGGUUUCGGACGUUAAAACAAUGAUAUUCUAACCGAUGUACAUUUCACAACCGACUAAGUAGGCAAGGAAAGGAAAAGAACGCAGCAGCUGUAUCAUAAAUUAUUUUUGUAUAUUAAUAAAUUAAUUUGAAAAAAACUAAAAUUUGGUACUUAUAAUGUUUUAUCGAGCCGAAGUAGAAAGCAAACAUGUUAUAUUACAAUAUUCUGUGUAAUUCUGUGUAAUAUUAUUAUAAGUUGUAAAUUUAGUAAAUUAUUAAUAAGUUGUUAGUAUGUAAUGAUACAAUAAAUAAAUUUCGAAAGGGCAA